AUUUCUAUCGAGCUGGCUCAGUUCCUCCCGUCCAUCUCUAGUUCGCACGGGAGCCCCGACCAAAGUAAUACGUAUUCAUUUACGAGAAAAACUUGUGUUAAAUUUAAAGUCACAUCAUAUCACAGGAUAGAACAUACCUGCUGCUUAGUUAGAGACUGAAAACUGAACAGUAAGCGAGCACAGAAGCUAAUUCAUCAUGAGCACACCCACCGACCAACCUCCGCGCUCCGAGGGCGCCGAGACCAACAGCUCCGAGGGAUCAUCACAGCAGCAGGAGCAACCGCAGCAAUCUCAAUCACAGAACGUACCGGCCAAGCUCCUGCAGCAUUUCCAGACAAACCGCAUAGACUGCGCGCUAUGGGCACUACGUCUGUUGGUUAUCUUCUUUACCGUCAGUUACGUGCUGCCCAUCUUUACCUCACAACAGAGCGCAUUCAGUAAGGUCUUGCUGGCCAAUGCCGCCAUCUCUGCCUUGCGCUUGCACCAGAGAGUGCCCGCCUUCUCAUUCAGUCGGGAGUUCCUUGCUCGACUGUUUGCCGAGGACUCGUGUCACUACAUGAUGUACUCCCUGAUCUUCUUCAACAUCCGGCCAUCGCUGCUGGUUCUGAUUCCCGUGCUGCUGUACUCAGUUCUGCACGCCUCCAGCUACUCGCUUAAGCUGCUGGAUCUGAUUGGCCAGAACUCGUGGUGGGGUGCACGUUUCAUCAUAUCCAUUGUGGAGUUCCAGGCGGCAAAUAUCCUGAAGGCCACUGCAUUCUGCGAGAUCUUCAUCAUGCCCUACGCCAUUGUGCUGACCUUCAUGAACCACGCUGGACUGAUGACCCCCAUUAUUUACUACCACUAUCUAAUGAUGCGCUACAGCUCGCGUCGCAAUCCCUAUCCGCGCACUGCUUUUGCCGAGCUCCGCAUAACCUUUGAGGCGCUGGCCGCCCGCUCCCCGCCCGCCGUUGGCAAGAUCAUCCGUGGAGGCAUUGGGUUCGUCAACCGCUUGGCGCCGCAGCCACAGCCGGCUCCAGCGCAAGAGUAGACAUGACCAGCAGUCAGCGGAAACAACAAUCAAAAGACAUGAAUAAGCUUAUUUAAACACCAGUUCACAUUGCAUAGACGUUCACACUGGAGAUUGGGGUUCAUCCGUUUUAUUUGUUAGCCGAAAUUCGUAGCACCUUUUCAAAGUGAAACUCGUUGUUUUACACCAGAUUGUUUCGGCAUUUAAGUUUAAAUUUAACUAUGUAUUAUUGUAGUUUUCGAGUGCAUAAAGUUUUUUCCAUCACACACAAUGUGGACACGCACGAAA